AGAUGCCCCUCGUGUGCACAGUGAGCAGCGUGGGCAGCGCACAAAUCCUGCUGCCUCAGUUGCAUGUGUGCUCUUACGUCUUCUUCACGCACGUCAUGUCGAGGAACAAACGCCUGUACGCCUCGGAUGGCAGUGGGGCAUUUCAGGACUUCGUUCGCGCCAUAGAAGCGUCUGGUGGCUACACUGGUGGAAUCUCCUUUGACAUGCGGUACGGCAUCAACGAAAAAACUGGGGCAGCCUUACUGCCUACUGCCUUGGAGGAGGCCCGCACUGAACUGCUCGAACUGUACAACAAGAGCAACAUCAAACACUACGGCAUCCUCAAUUGCAUCACAAUGCCAGGUCUUAUGAGCUAUCUCGUGGCGGUUCUGCCCAGCACGUUUUCGAAAAUGAGAUCGCUGCAGAGAGGCGACCCGAACAGUGUGAUUGUCCUGGCCUUUGGCGCAUUCCAAGUCAACGUCUCUUCUGACUGGACAAUGUAUUAUCGGCGGUACUUCCAGGAACUUGGAAACUACGACGUGGAUAUCCUGAUCGCGGUUACCAGUGAAGAGGGUCAGAUAGGAGACAAGGUCUGCUACGCCGCACCGACGAGCGUCUGGAACACUACAAACCCGAACUUCUCCUCUAUCGAGAGGCAUUCCAAGCUGCUCCUCGACUCGCAGCAUUACCCGAGAAGCAGUCUGUACGUGGGCCUUUCGUUCGAGAUGGGGGUCAAUCUGUACCAGCUGUCGCAUAAUGAUACUGCAAUAGAGGAUGCUCCAUUUGCUCCGUGUGAUCAGUACACGCAAGUCGCAUAUGAGCAGGUCUGCGAUCCACACGUGAGACUGAAAACUCUUAACAACGUCGUUGAAUCGGGAGUCAUCUCUAACUAUGUCUUCUUCUACGACAGCUGGGACUACCAUAAAAAAGAAGGUUGAUGCUGUGUUGAGCCUAAAAUUGCCACCAAAGAUCGCCUGGCUCUUGUACAACACUCACUUCUCUAUGACUCCCGGAACGUGCAUUUCGAGCUUCGACAGGGAGCGGAAGCUGCGGGACUACCUGGCCAGCAAAUAAUAAACAUUAACCGCGGAAGUCCCCGUAAUGGCACGUAUCA